CCCACCAGGCUCCUCCCUCCUUCCCCACAGGCUUUGCCAAAGCACCCAGUUUAUCCCAUCAAUAUUUUGCCCCUCAUUUCUAUUUCAGUGAGAUAUUUGGGAGCUGGGGCUCCCUCACAGCGCCUGACACUGUCCGCUCCCUGGGAUGCACCAGCAGUGGGGCUGUACGGCCCCAUCCGCUCCCCGGGAUCCCCCGUGUCCCCGCUCCCCAACUCCGUGCCCCCUUGCUCCCCACUUUUCCCAGCUCCAUCAUCCCCUGGCACAUCCGUGACGCCCGGCUGGGGCGACCCAGCGGGCUCAUCGGGCACCCGACGCCUGGCACAGGGGGGGCCCCCCCCCAACCCCGUCGAGGCGCACCCCACCCCGGCUGGCCCGCUCUGCCCCUGCUUGGGGCUGGGAGGAGAACUGGGUCAGCGAUGUAACCAUGGAGAUGCUGGAGGAGAUGCUGAAGCAGCGCCGGCACAGCCCCGCUCUCCAGAACCCUUUAAAGAUUAACCAGCCCCGUCACCCUCCGUCUCCAGCCGGGGAUGGGGCUGGGGGGCUGAGCCUCCUCGGCGGGGAGCGCGGAGCGGGUGCUGCCCAGUCCCUCCUCCAGCUCCACAGGGCGCUGAUCCCACCCAGCAGAGCCGGGGGCCGGCGAGCGCGCCAGCGGCCGACCAUGUUCAACGGGGAUGCCAGCUCCUCGGCGGCCAGGAACGUCGUCCGCAGCUCCAGCAUCAGCGGCGAGAUGUACACCGUCGAGAAGAGCGCGCGGGGCAGCGCCGACUCCGUCGCCGUCACCGCCAGCAAGAAGAGACGCUCCAGCCUGGGCGCGAAGAUGGUGGCCAUCGUGGGGCUGUCCCAGUGGAGCAAGAGCACGCUGCAGCUCAACCAGACCGAGGGAGGCCCCAAAAAGCUGCGCAGCAACAUUCGGAGGAGCACGGAGACCGGCAUCGCGGUGGAGAUGAGGACCAGGGUCACCCGGCAAGGCAGCCGAGAGUCCACCGACGGCAGCACCAACAGCAACAGCUCCGACGGCACGUUCAUCUUCCCCACGACCCGGCUGGGCGCCGAGAGCCAGUUCAGCGACUUCCUCGACGGGCUGGGGCCGGGCCAGCUGGUGGGACGGCAAAUGCUGGCCACCCCGCCGAUGGGCGAUGUCCACGUCAGCAUGGCUGACCGGAACGGGCAGCUGGAGGUGGAGGUGAUCCAGGCGAGGGGACUUAUCCCAAAGAUGGGCUCCAAAUCCAUCCCUGCCACCUACGUGAAAGUUUACCUGUUGGAGAACGGCGUCUGCCUGGCCAAGAAGAAGACCAAGGUGGUGAAGAAAACCUGCGACCCGUCGUACCAGCAGCCUCUGCUCUUCGAGGAGAGUCCCCAGGGCAAAGUCCUGCAGGUGAUCGUCUGGGGAGAUUACGGGCGCAUGGACCACAAGUGCUUCAUGGGGAUGGCCCAGAUCGUCUUGGAGGAGCUUGACCUCUCCGGCGUGGUCGCGGGCUGGUACAAACUCUUCCCCACCUCCUCGCUGGCCGACUCCAGCAUCGGGCCCCUGACACGCCGCCUCUCCCAGUCCUCCCUGGAGAGCUCCACCAGUCCCUCCUGCCCGUAGGCAGCAGGUCGGUGGGAGAGCCCGGGAGGGGAAAGGAGACAUCCUGACCUACCAAAACUGUUAGUGGAUAGCUGUAAAUAUCCUGUCCUUUUUCUUUUUUGGUCCUUUUUUUUUUUUUUUUUUUUUUUUUUUUUUAAGGAAAAAAAAAAAAAAAAAAAAAAAAAAAGACUCUCCUUCCCAAAACAAACCUGCUCUCGCCGCACUCCUCCCCGAGCACGCGUCCCGGCGCGCAGAGGGGGAUGUCGGAGGGGGAGCGAGGUGUUUUGAGGCAGGGGGGGAAGGAGAAGCAAAAAAUAAAACCCCCCACCCUCCCCGUGAGGCAGACCGAGGGCUGCGACCGCCGACCGAUCCCGAGACUGUGAGCGCACCUCGUCCCGGCACCCGCCGGAAAGGAAUCGAAGCGCCGCGUUUCUCUCCUGACCACCCGGCGAGAGCAGCUCGGUCGGAUCCAUCCAGCGCCGCUGCAAGCAGCAUGUUGGCGAGGUUUCUUUUCCUUCGAUCUCAUUUCCUUGCCUCUGAGGAAAAAGUAGCUUUUCAAAGAAAAAAACCUCAGAAAAAAAUCCAACUCAGCACUAUUUUUAUUUUUAUUUUUAUUUGUUUUUUUUUUCCCAAGGAAUGUAGCAUCUUCUAUUAUGUAGCUUGCCACGUGCUAACAACACACUCACUCUCUGCAAUAUCUAAGAGACUCCGGAUUGACCGGAAACAUCUGCCACUCACUUCCCGUUUGUUCGUUUUCUGACACAAAUCCUGCAACACUGAGCAAGCACUUCUGGUGGUCAUUUUUCUUUUUUAUUUAAAUUUUUUUUUUUUUUUUUUUUUUACCGGUAGCAUGUAGCCUGUGACCAGUGACAUUGCCAAAGCGAGAGAGAACAGAAAAAGGUGCACUCACCUCACCCAAGCAUCUGCUGGUCUUACCCUCGUGUCUCACCACCGCCCGUGGUCUCGUGCGGCCGAAUCAAGACCCGAACUGUAAACCCGGUGAUGCCUCACGUGCAAAUUCGAGUCAGGAAAAGGCGGCUCGAUGGAGCAGGAGUACCGCGAUGCUGGGGGAUCGUCUGCCUCCCGCGAGGGCCAGCUCGAGGCCUGGGGUGUUCUCGGGUUUGGGGUGCCCUCCCUGGGUUUGGGGUGCGCUCCUGGGGUCUACUUGGAUUUCAAGUAGGAGCAGAGGGGUUGCCAGCCCCCGCGGCAGGACGCGCCUUUCUCCAACUCUCGACUUGGUGGUCCGCUACAGGGGAACAUCUCAACAGCACCUUCUGCUGAUCUGGAAUUAGGGCGACUGAGAGGUUACGAACAAAGGACUAGAUGCUUUGAAUUUAUUAUCAGGCUGAGUGUUUUGGGUUUUUUGUUUGUACGUUUUGUUUGUUUGUUUUUAAAGCAGCAUUUUGGUUCCCCCCAAGGGACCAGUUCUUGUAGCAAAACCGAGAAUUACGGAAGCUUUUUUUGAAGGUGCCUAAUGAAAUUUGCUGAAAAUACUCAGGGGAGACACCACUAGAAACUCUGGUUUCUUCUUAAAAGAUACUUAACACAAUGACUGUCCUGAAGGAUCAGUUUCCAAAAGAGAGGAAAAAAAAAACCAACACACCAAAAGAUGAGCAGUCCUGAGCCUGGAAGAGGACAGAAGGCCAAUGGGAAGUUUUGCUGACCAGGUGGCUCUGACCUUCAGUCUUUAACACAAAUCAACCCACAGCACAGUUGGGAUUUUUUACAAUUAUUUAUCGGCAAAGCAGAGAAUUUCACAAUGCACAGAGCACAACAGAACCAACCUGGGGUUCUCCUGGUGACACCAGGAACGACGAACCAGCUCGAACCCAUUGCCACAACGGAACGAAAGCAAACCUGAAGGAAAAGACUGUCGCGAUGACGCUGUCCCCUCCGCAGACCGGGGGUCAGCGAACCCCCACUGCUCAGCGGCUGGUUCACCCAACCCCGCCACGAUUUGAGCCACAGGGUGUCGAGGAAUUUCAGCUACUACUGUGGACUCUGGACCUUUACCAAAUCAAAAUCACUGUAGACCUCUGAGAAGAGAGCAGGCUGGCUGCUGCUGACCGGGGAUGGAGGGGGCUCUGCUUCGGGAGCCCAGCGCCUGCCUUGUAAAAGAUUAAAUCCUCGUCUGCUAGAGCGGCAAGUGCUCGUCAGAGCAACGCGGGCGGGUCUCUGAGCUCCUGCUGAAUGGCGACGGCCGGGACCGUGGGAUGCACUGACAGCCUCGAGCGGCUUGAGGAAGCAAACUCAGUGCCCUGACUACUGAAACAGGAAUAAACAACCCUUUGAACAGGACAUUCCUUCCCGAGCACGCAGCAGUUAUAUGAGGUCGACGACGCCUGGAUGAGGCCAAGCUUUCUCUGCCCCGGCACGCUGGGAUUUUGAAUAUAUCUGAGGGAAGGCAUCUUAAGAGGAAAAGCUUUCUGCUCCUUCAAGCUAACAGUUUGAUUUUGCUUUACCAACUCCAUUUCAAUGGAAAGAAUGACAAAUCUGCCUGCGGUGGGACAAUAACGGUGUCCGCGGGGAGGUGGAACAGCAGCGUGGGCAGAGCAGGGAGCUCUGCGGGUAUUUUCUGCCCGCUGGUGUGGACACAGCAUCCCACCCCCCUUCCCCUCCCAGCACACAGCUCGCUGGCUGGAAAUUUCUCCAGCGAGUUGCAGAGCUUCACUGCUCCCCCUCUUCGUGAGCAACGAAACGCUUUUCUUGAGAUAGAGGAGUGGGUGAGGAGCAGCAGGAGCACGGGGACAGCCAGGCGCGCACCCACAGCACCCGAUGCCUGAGGUCUAGCCAAAGGCUCCCUGGUUCUGCGCCGGUUGGAAAACCUGCCCUUGCUGGCACGUGGAAAAGCCAGAGCAAAGAAUUAUCGUCUGGAAGGCGCACCUGGGUAUGCCGGGGGACAGGGAAAACCCAAAUACUUUGGCUUGGUUUUUUAUCACUGAUAAGACCGAGGAUGCAGUGGAGGAGAACAGCGUCGCUGACAUCACAACAAACGCCCCCCCCAGCGUUUUCUCAGUGCUGUGUUCUCGUUUGCUGCAACGCGACGGGUUCGUGGGAGCGAUUCCUCCUGCUCGUGGAGACCAGCAAGGUGGAGCCACCGUGCCAACGACUUUAAAUGGUUGUCACUUGCUCACCAGACUAACUGAAAUCCAUCAAGACCUUAACUUCUUCACUUGCAGCACUACGCGGCCAGUCCAUCCCCCCCCCCCCCCGUCCCCCCCCCCCCCGAGCUGGUACUCACUUCUCUGGGGAAGCAUCUGGGUCAGGACCCACCUUUCCCUUGUGUGGAAACACUAAAAUGGGAGAAGAGACCGAAGUGUGCCACGUUUACAUCACAACAUCAGCUCCUUUGCAUUUCUUAACCCGUGAGCCCACGUCAGAUGUUUUCCCUCCUUGAACGACAAGAACAAAAAAGCCAAGAUACCCAGUUGCUUCCUACAUGAGACACGCCAGAAAAACCACAAGCUUCUGGACUCCAGGUUUUUUUCUGGGGGAACGUUUUGUCACCAAGGGCAUUUUUUUUUUUUUUUUUUUUUAAGUGUAUUAUAUGAUUUGCAAAAAGUGGCUGCACUGACUAGGCAUUAUGCGUUAGAUUAUUUCCUCCCUUUCCUCCACCUUCCACCAGGAAAGGAAAUUCAAACCAUUCGACUUGCCAGAUAUUUUCCCCUAGAAAGAAUAAUUAAUAUUCAACUGAAUUAUCUUUGCAGCCGGUUUUAUACCCAGCACCCCCAGCAGUUUGUGAGCAGCAAGUAGCACGCAGCACCCACCUGAGACACAGACCUUACUACAGCACAACUGACAGUAGAUGCUGGUGUCAGAAUCAAGGCACCAUACUUGAGUAACAAGCGUGGAUUUUGCCAAAAUAGCCUUGAAAUGAUGCUCAACCAUCCCCUAAACUCUUGUUAAAAAAGUCACAGCCACGCAGCAAAGCACAGGAAACACUGCAUGAUUUCACGCCCAGGUCUAAGUGAUCCCUGAGUUUUCUACAAGCCUGGAAUGGGCUUUAUUUGCCAAAGUCGAGUGAAAAUUUUCUAGGGCACCAGAAGGUGGGCCAGGCUUCUGGGCUUAAUCAGAAAUUAGCUCCUGUUUCAUCAGUGGCAUGGCAUGUUGAAAGCAUGGGGAGAGGAUGCUUAGACCUAGUGAGGUGCAGAACCAAUUACCUGGCCAGCAAUCAGAAAACUAAACCUAUUGAGUGGCUUUGGAAAAUGCCACAGAGCAACUGAGAUGGUGGGAAGCGUUCCCUCCGCGGCCACCUUCUCCAGCUCUUAAAACCUUUUUCUCCAGAAGCAGUUACAGACGUAGCUCUCGAUUGCAAAUACGAGACCAGAAAUUCCCGCAGGAGCGGGAUCAGGAUUCCUUUUGCUGGUAGGGAACCGCUUCUGUUCCCUCUCUUACACGACCGCUCUAGCAGCCACGAGACUUGAAAAGUCAAGCCUGGAUUCGUACGGGCUGGUGCACAUCGGUGCACGCGAGAGGAGUUAACACUUUUAAAUACCUUCGCUUGUUUAAGUGGGCUUGCAAAUACUCAGCAGCAGUGAGUACACCUUAAGGGUCUUUACUGAUAUGAGACCAUUUAUAAAAACAGCACCGGUGAUGUUUUUUCAGGCACAAAGAUUCCACCUCCUAUUUUCUUCCAGUUGACUCAGACACUUCUUCCCAGAUUGAUGUGAAACGCUUGGACAAUGCACAUCUGUAAACUUCCUUAGGGGUGUGCAUUUGGUUACUGAUUUGGAAAAUAACUGCAUUUGAAAGGUCAAGGAACAGUGGUCAGGCACCGUUCUUCUCGAUGGCUGAAUUCAAAGUCUAAAUGGGUUUUGCAUCACAGAUGGAAAAAGAUAUGAAGAGCUCUCUCUGCUUUCCUUUGGGUUUUCAUGCCUCCAGACACGUGUAAAAUUACCUUCAGUAAAAGCAAGGUUUGCAUCCUGUGACGUGCCAAAGGCAUGACGGCCCGCUCCAAUGUUUCUCUAGCAAAGCUGUUUCAACUGGAAGUCUUCCUUCUACUUCAUGUUCACGAGCAUAGGAAACACCCCAACCCUUGGCUGGCUGUUAGGGGGGCAGGAGUUAUGUUUAUGGGCUACAAAGAAGGUUGAAAGGCUGCAGAAAAGACUUCCUAUGGAAAAAAAAAAAAAAAAAAUGUCUGCAAUAAGCAUGCUUGGAAUUGGUGGGGUAAAGACACGCUAUGUGCGACACAGCCAAAGUGAAACAAAACCGACUCGGUGACCAGAUGUGACAGUAACGCUCACCUUAACUGAGCUGGUCCGUAUUUGGGGAAGAUUUAGGGUUUAAAAGUAGACUUGGAAAAAUGUACAGUAAAGGGCCUAAGUGUUUGUCUUGCUGUCUGACUAACCGCCACACUGUUUAGCCCCGCUCAUCUGCCUCGGGCACAGGCGCCAGGACGGAGCGCAGCAGCAGCUGGGGACCCAGGAGGAAGCAGCUCGGUUUAGCGGCCGCCGCCGAGCCCCGCGAGCUGGUGUGACCACGGCGCCCGUCUGGAGCUCCGAUUAUUGGUAUACCUCAUUAUUUUUUUUUUUAAAUUUUUUCUCCCCCGCCUCCUUUUCCUCUUUUUUAUUUUUUUUUUAUUUUUUUUUUUUUUUUUAAGAGCCAGAGCUUCGUGCACUCUCUAUCACAUUCAGGUUAUUUUUUUUUUUUUGUUGUUGUAACUGUGCAAUGAAGGGCAAUUACACGGGGUGUGCGUUUCCCACCUGCUCCCAUGCUGGUUCCCGCGAGCCCGACCGCCGCUUCGUUUAGCACUUGCACUAAUGAUUGCUGAGCUACGGGGCAAGGGGAGCAAGAGGCCAGCGAGCGCUGCUCUGGAGGGAGGGAUGAUUCGGCUGGACGGUGGGUACCCCCCCUUUCAGCCGUCCCGGUGAAAACACGCAGACGAGCAGCGCUCCAGAGGCCGCCCCUUCGCCCGAUGCGGGCGGGUGUUCGCAGUCCUGCUCCCCUAAAACCAUCCCCCCCCCCCUCCAAAAAGGGCCGGCAAGGAGGUGAGUGUCUCGGAUGCCACAAGCUGGGGACAGCGCUGCUGCUCUUGGAGGGGCACCGAGCCCCCGCUAAAGCUUUCGCCUGGAGUAGAUGGAGCCUCAGGAGGAGGCAGGAAUUGCGUCCCUCGGGCGGGAGGGCAGGGAUCCCAGCAGCAUCGCUGUCCGGGCGUAUCUGCUAGAUCCCAGAACUCACUAAAAAAAAUAAAAAAUUAAAAAAAAAAAAAAAAAAAAAAAGGGAACUUUGUCCUAACUUGUAGUAAGAUCGUGAAGCAAUGCUUGAUGCCAGAGGGCCCCUGGACGGAGCAGCACCCCCCUCCUUGUGCCCACCUGGCCAGGGGCCCUGGCAGCGGAUGCCUCUUGAAUGUUAGCACUUUGAAGUUGGUGGCCUUGUUUUCUCAAAAGGGCUUGAUCUUUUCAUGCAGUUUAAACUAAAUAAUCUUCCCCAUCAUGUUGUCCUACUCCCCACCUCAAAUUUAAGCUAUGAACAAGCGCCUGGGCCGUUUAAGAUAUUAUCCAGGACUUAAGAAUCUGUCAUUAAUCUCAGAAGUUUAUACCUCAAAUAUAAAAACACAUACAUCUGUCUUAGUAACAACACUUGGAAAAGUAGCAGCUCCAAGUUUGAAUUGAAGUUUGUCCUUGAAUUUGGUUACUAACAGCACCAGGGAAAAAAAAAAAAAAAACAAACCAAAACCAAACCCACGUAAGCACGGAGAGAAAAGCACCAAUGAAUUUUUUAGAAGCACUCCAACUGAAGCAUUCAUCCUAUCAAAAAAAUUCAGAAUUUAUAUUCCCGAACGAGACACGUGAGGGAUUUUACCUAUACCUUACAAAUCUUUAAACCCAGCCUAUGCCUUUUAAGCUGUGUUAGUCCCCUAAAAAGCAUCAGGGGGCAUAAAAGGGUCCAAGAUUGCUAAAGGUAUGAGGCAAUGAGAGAUGCACCUGGGACAACCCAGCCAGCCAUUGCUAACCACAGCCCUUCUCCAGGGAGCUGCUUCAGAAAGCUCAAACGAGUAUCUUGAGAGGGGUGCACCCUACGAAAGCGAUACAGCCAAGCAAGGACGCAGAAAUCCAUGCUACUUCCCAUUUUCCACCCCAAAUUCCCCAACAAGCCGCAUCGAAAAAGAAUUGCCUAAACCAAGAGAGUCCCGUUAGACCGGGGAGUUGGCAGAACUCCAUUAACCAGGAGUUAAUUGCUGCCGCGAGCUUAGCCUUCAAUCCCUUAACAAAAAAGGUAGCAGACAUCUCACCGUUUGAGCGGCACACGUCAACCUUACGUCUGUCUGUGCAGCCGUUACCUACGGGGAAGAGGAGAGUUAGGUGCAGAACUCGUACCGCACUGACACGUCACCCCGGGUAGCUCUGCACUUCUGGAAGCCAGGGCGUAACCACAUUUAGUGAAUAAACCUGGCUGCCUUCACUAGCCCACUCGUAUUUUGUGAUAAACUUUGCUUUGAUGACAGAUUCGCGAGUUUAGCAACUCCACCUUAAAGUAAAUGCCGCAGAGGGGAGAACUUGGGGGGUCCCUUAAGCCCCAGUUCCAUGUUCGAGACAAGGGGAUGGGCUUGUGAUGGAUACUUGAGAAUGGUAAUAGAUUAAAAAAAAAAGAAAAAAAAAAAAAAAGGCAAAUGGCAAUUUUAUACCCGUGUUAUGUAAUGUUUUAUAUGUGUGUGGUCUUUCUUAAUGUAAAACUCUUGUAUUUUUGUGGUUUAUAUGCAGCAGGACUGACGGCUGUGAGGGUGCACGCUAUUUUGUAAAAUAUUCUUAGCCAGUUUUCCCAAGGAGGAAAAAACCCGAAGCAUUCACAUUUUCAUUGGCUUGUACCUGCAUGUACAGUAUUGGGGCAGCAAGUGAAGAUGAUUAAAGCCAGCUUGAAAACUUU